AUGGAAACCGACGACACGCCCGCAAGGGCCAACUUUAGUGGAGAGCUUUGGGCCCGGGUGGGUUUCCUAUACGAACAAAAUGAGAAGAUAACGCUCGAUACCGUCGAAGGUAUCAUUGGGGACGCAGAACCUGUCAUUCGGGGCAGAUGGGACCAGCAGUCCGAGGACCAGAUGCAAGCACAGUGGCAAACCUCGCUUCGAAAGAAGUCCUCUGAAGUGAUCGGUACGAGGGGUAAAAACGACUUCAACUAUCGAGAGCUCUGGAGGUUCUGUCUACGUUUCCUUCAGCAAGCCCCCCCAAUCAUGCUGUCGCCUCUGAAUCGCCUGCAGUUCGUUCCCAAGCGCAACCUGUCACUCAAAACAAACCAUCUCUUCACACUUACUGCUUGUCUGGAUCUGACACAGCUGGUCAUUCAUCCAAUCUGGGAGCAAAACUACCGCCGUUUCAUUGACACUCUCCAUUACGCUGCAACAUAUCGCGUCGGCGCGCUCCAAAACUUUGACUGGACAUUCUUCGACGAAGAUUGCUGUCCGGCUUUGCAAAUCCUCAACGGCAAUCUGAUGGCAGUGGAGGGCCCUCAGCUGCCCCAUACUGUACAUAAGCUCCACGUCGAUGCAAGAAACGUUGUCGUUGCCAGUGGCGAGACGCCUAGCGUCUUUUCUAACCUGCUCUGUCGCAUCGGUGAGCUGGCCACUGUGAGCGAGAUCCCAUCGGCCAAUGAGCGGGCACAGCUGGCAAACGGCGUCGUCCCCUUCAAUGGAAGCGACUUGGAGGUCAUGAAGAUGGCAAUCGACAGCUUGGCUCCGACUGAGCCCAAAAUCGGCUACCCCGUGAGGGCUGUAUACGAUGCUUUCAGGGCAGCCAGGGAUACGCCUGAUGUGCUCCUCAGGGAGAGGCUCCGGGAGUUCGACGCACAGACACAGGAAGCAGCCAGUCAACCCGGGUCAUCCGUGCCGAAUCCUGGGCGUGUAGCUCGCCGACCUCGGAACCACCAGGGCUCUCGUUAUGCCCCUUAUUCGCUCAUGAGCCGUCAUCCUUCCCGUCCAGGCCUCGGCGGAGGAGCUGGCAGAUCCCAGGAUCCAGAAAUUGCCUCUGAUGAGCGAUCUAUGAGACACCGCCAGACCACCGACUCCACCCUUGCCCCAGUGCCUCAUGAGCCCAGCGACCCUGGUCCGUCAAGCGACAUUGAUCGCAGUGUGGUCACAGAUGAGUCCGUUUCGGCUAAUGACGACUUCCCUCCCACAGGCAAUGAUGCUACCAGUCGGUCUCAUGGACACCCUCUUCAGACCCCAGCCGCAUUCACGUCUGGUCAGGGAAUCGCUACAGACGAAAUCAGCCAGCUACGUCAAGAGAAUGCUCACCUACGCCAAAGGCUCGACGAAGAGAUUGCUGGGCGACACCGCGCAAUCAACGACCUGGAAGCCAGGGCGGAGACUGAGGCUCGCAAAUUCUCAGAGCGUCUCGCCAAACUCGAGGCGGAACUCUGGAACAGAUAG